AUGAACGACUAUCCCAUGGAUGCGGCGCCCCAGUCGCUGUCUGACCUGCUUCAACAGUCCAGGAAACUCACCAACCACCUCGGCCGUUCAGACCUGCCUCAGAUUCAGCUCGGUCUCGAUCAGAUCGAAAACCAGAGCCGAAAGCUUGUCUCGAAAAGCCUUCGUGCUGGUUCUGCACAGCCCGGAGAUGCUCGUGCCCACUACUUCCUCGCAAACGGUGGCAUCGAUGCUGCACAGCUCGCCGACACCAUCCACUCGGCCAACAUCGCCAGCACCUUUGAACCGCUCCAGCCCAUCUACGACACGGAUGUAGAGAGCUACCUCACCCACGAGCACCAGCAGGUCAUCAUCAGUGCCAUUGAGCAAGGCAGGCGCGAGACGCUUCAGGACUUCCAUCGCAGCCUCGACCGCACCAUGCAUCGCGACUGGGAGAGGCAGAAACGCAAGAUCCUCGAAGAGCUGGGACAGCACCAACCUUCCAACGCCUCCACCGCGGCACGUGACGCUGCCGACAUCGAUGCCUCGCGAUCGGGCUUUGGUGCAUCUACCUCGGCACACACCUUGCCUGCUGGCUCGAGCUCCAUGCUCGGUUCCACUGCUACCUCUCAGAUGCACGGCAAGAUGGCUCGCUACCAAAUGGUCGUCUCCCGGCUCAAUUCGUCGCGUCUCGAGGGCUACAGCCUCGCGCUUGCACACGCUUUCAUCGAUGCCAUCUCCGGUCUCGGCGAAGACGCAAAGAACAAGGAGCUACACGAGAGUUGGAAAGCGCUCGCUUCCAUGGUCCGCGAGCAAAAUGUUCGCAACGGCGAGUUCAGUGCAAAACCCGUCAAGGAGCGACAGUAUGCCCCGACAUAUGUCGAUCUCAAAGCGUGGAACAGCCUCGACGGCAUCAAUCUCCGCAAAGAGCUCAUCGACGGCUCCAAAGCGUUCCUCGAGAACGAGUUUGAAGAGCACAUGGAGCAGGUCAUUGCUGCCAAUCCGGUGCUGGCACAGCGUGGCGGUGCUCCCACCGUUCGCUCCACCGUCAGUGCCUUCCUUCGUGUUCAGCAUCUCAGCUCGCAGAACCAGUGGAGGUCGGAUCUGGCCAAGGAGCUCGACGCCUCUACCAACGUGCCCAUCUGGGCCGAACUCUAUUUCCUCCUCCGCAUCGGCAAAGCCAGACAAGCUCUCGAAUGUGCCUCGGAAAACGAAAACCGCAUCCGCUCCACCGACCCUUCCUUCCUCGCUUAUCUCAAAGCGUGGGUCGACUCGCCCGAUCGCCGCCUCCCGCGUCUUCUCAAAGACCGUUUCAUCGCCGAGUACAAUUCGCGCUUCCGCACGCUCCCCGAAGUGCACGACCCGUAUAAGCUCGGUCUGUACAAGCUCAUUGGCCGAAUCGACGUCUCGAAAAAGUUCCCCACGCUUCUCACCUCAAGCAUCCAGAACUGGCUCUGGCUUCAGCUCAGCAUGGUGCGCGAGACGUAUGAUGAGGACGCGGAUGCGCAAGAUUCGGUGCGCGAUCGAUUCACGCUCGCCGAUCUGGGUUACAAGGUGGAGAAGUUUGGCGAGUCCUACUUUGACCCGAAGGGCAACCGUCCGCUCUUCUACUUCCGACUGUUGCUGCUAUGCGGUCAGUUUGAGAAAGCGGUCGGCUUCCUGUUUUCGCGCUCGGCUCACCAGGUGGAUGCGAUCCACUUUGCGGUGGUGCUGGCGUACUACGGCCUGCUGCGCGUGCCUUCGCAGGCGGCUUCUUCACAGGUCGAGUAUCUGCUGGUCGAGUCGGACGGGCAGGGCGGCAGCGUGGCUUCGAUCGACUUUGCCAAGCUGGUGCAGCGAUACGUGCGCAUGUUUUCGCAGUCGUCGCGCAGAGAUGCGCUGCAGUACUUGUACCUGAUCUGCUUGAACUCGGAUGUGGCCGAGCCCGUUGGAUCCGAGCAGGUUCGACGUUGCCACGAUCUUAUCCGUGCGCUGGUGCUCGAGGCUCAUCCGACCGAGUUCCAGGAGCUGCUGGGCGAUGUGCGCACCAACGGCGCCAAGACGCCCGGACUGAUCGAGAGGAACUUGCCGCUGAUCAAGAUCAAGAACGAGCGCGAGUUCCUUUCGACAAUUGUUCAGGUGGCUGCGACGCAAUGCGACAUGGCGCACCGUACCGAGUCGGCCAUUUUGCUGUACAAUCUGGCUGGCCAGCACGACACGGUGGUCGCUGUGCUCAACAAGGAGCUGGGCGCACGACUCACGGAGCCCAGCAGUGCUUCGGAGUGGAAAGCAACAGGCCUCUCAUCGGGUGCUUCGUUCUCGGCUGCAAGCAACCUGGUCACGCUGGCGACGGCGAUCCUGGAUACAUACGAGAAGCAGUUUGGCUAUUCGGGCAAGAACCGUGACACAUGCCGUCGUCUGUUGGAGCUCAAGAAGGCGGUGGGCCUGCACAGCGACGGACAAAACGUGCAGGCGCUGCAAACGAUUGAGGCGCUGCGCAUCCUGCCGCUGGACGCCGAGUCACGAAAGGACGUGGUGGCCAUCACGCGCAAAGCCGAAGAGUUCAAGGAAGUCGACGAGAACAUCGCGCGCAACUUUUCCGAGAUCGUGCUCAUGACCAUGACGAUUCUAUACAACCUGCACCAAGAGCUCAAGGAGAGCAUCCACAGGAGCGGCACGAGCGCCAUGGACGAGUACAGGGCGCAGGCGAGGGCAUUGAUGAUGUGGGCGGGCAUGCUCCGGUUCCGCAUGAGCAGCGAGACGUACAGCCAGCUCACGCGACUCGACGUUUUCAUCCACUAG